AUGCCAAAGGGCACGGGCAGGAUCGUCAUCGAUCCGUUUACGAACGGCCUCCUGACCACGCUGUUUGGCCUCGAGGUGGUCGCCGUGUUUGCGGUGCUCCUUGCGCUGCCCGGCGCGCUGCCCGCCGGCUGCCCGCUGACUGGGCCGCAGGCGUUUGCUGCGCUCGCCGUCACAUGCCUUGCGCUCUUCCCGCUGAUCGGGCUCGUCAAGCUCAUCGCGGGCCACGCGUGCGCCCUCUUGAGCCGCACGGCGCUGGCGCACCUCGGGGAUCCCGUCGCCAAGGUGAAGACGCGAAACAAGCUCCGCGACCAGAGCUGGCAGCUGACGAUCCACUCGGCGAUGACGGCGCUCGAGGCGUACAUCCUCUUCGUCGACGGCGGCGGCGAGCACUGGCUCGACGACUACCGCUCGCUCUGGACGCCGCACCCGCACCAGCAGGCAGGCUGCGCACCCGUGAACAGCAAGCGGUCGGUGCACCUCCUGUACCUCCUCCAGAUGGCGAUCUGGAUCGUGACGUGCGCCUCGCACCGCUUCCUCGAGGAGCGGCACAAGGACUAUGUGAUGAUGUACGUGCACCACCUCGUGACGAUCGCCCUCUUCGCCCUCUCGUACGGCUUCAACUUUGUCCGCAUCGGCACGGCGGUCAUCUUCCUCCAUGACUCCUCCGACAUCGUCAUCGACCUCCUCAAGAUGGCAAACUACCUCAAGCUCGAGGGGCGGCGGGGCGGCUUCCUGGUGUGGUAUGGGUCGCGCGAGGUCGUCACGGCGCCGGGCGCCUACGGCAUGGACGGCUUCACUGCCGCGGCCGGCUCGCCCUUCACGCGCGGCCACUCCCCCGGCGCCAAGCUGGGCGACGGCUCCUUUGACUUGUGGGCGAACCUCCGCGCCCUGCCGACGCACGCGACGCUACCAGGCUACUGGGCGUGUGGCUCGCUGCUGACGGCGCUGCUGGUGAUGCAUGUCAUCUGGUACAUGCUGCUAUGGAGGCUGCUCUUCCGCUCCGUCCUCGGGCAGACGUUGCACGACGGGGGGGCGGAUGAGUACGAGGGCGGCUCCGACGACGACCACGAGGCGCGCUCCCUCUCGCCCCCCCCACCCCCCCAACCCCCCACCCCUCGCCCGUCCCCACCGGCGCCCCCCCUCGCCGUUGCCUGGUUGCAGGACUGA